AUGUUUAAUAUGAACCUUUACUUUUAUUCAACCAUAUGUGAUAGAUUAUGGAACAAGAAAUUAAACAGAUAUGACCUAGUAAACGUUAAAUUUAACAAUUUGUUAAGCGGUGAAAUAAUAGAUUCGGUGAGAGAUAAAUAUAAACUCUUAAAGAAAAAAAUAAUUGAUUUAGAAGAAGCAAGUACUGAAGAAUAUAAAAGAAAACCAUAUGCAUUAGAGCAUAACAACAAUUUUCAAAAAGAUAAUGAAUCAUUAUGCGGUGAUGCUUCUUCCCCAGAACUUGAUUAUUUGAUGAAAAACUCAGAAUUUUAGGGAUAGGAAGAAUUUGACUUUGAACUUAAUUUAAAAGAAAAAUAUUCUACAUUAGAACAUUAUGAUAAUAUUCAGAAAAAUAAAAACGUACCCAAAUCUAUAAAAAAUUCGUACUAAAAAAAUGACUCAUCUGUAUGCCAUAACAAAUCAAGAAAUAAAUUUAAUUUUAUUAAUUAUAUGGAUAAAAUGAGUGGUACUCUAAAAUAUAAGCAAAAUCAGCGAAGUAAAUUCAUAAUGUUUUAAAUCUUUAUGUGGUUAGCAAUAAUGUUAACCGCAAUCAUAAUUGUAGGCACAGUUUCAGUUAAAGCUGUAGCUAUAAUUCCAAUCUCUUUAGUUUCUUCAGUCUAA